GCAAAUGUGUGAUACAUUAAACUGUGGUAAUUAUAAUGAUUCAUGAAAUAUGUACUGUUGGGUGUAUACGCCGUCAAUGACCUUUGUUGUUUGACGUGCAGUGUGAAUACAGCGUCGAUGACCUUUGCUGUUGUGACGCCAGCUUGUAUAGAUUUAGCAAUAUGUGGGAAUUUUCGAUAAAAGUAUGGAAAUAUUGUUGAUAUACGGUGGUUUAAAUGAUAUUGUUUACGUCAUGAUAUGUUGUAUUUUAUGUGGUGAUAUUAUGUUCUUCUGUUAUUGUUUGUAUUUUGUAUUUUGACAUUUUAUGUGUCAUUUGAUUGUAUUUUUGUACUGAAUUGAGUUCAUGCCUUGACUUGUAUUGUGAUAACAACUGCUAUGUCUUUAGUGUGUUUGUCUCCAGUGUCAUAAUGGUAUACGCUAAUGGUUAUCCAGAAUAUUGAACAUUUAAAAUUUUUAAAGUCAUUAUUCUUUAGAUUCUCCAUUAUUACAGAUUUUUUAUUGUUGAAAAACGAUAAAAAGCAGUCCAGUCAGUGUAACAUGCUCAAACUGUAUUUAAUGCGUAUAAAGUUUACUCCACAUAAUACCUACACUUCUAAAUAUAAUUUAUUUUAAUAUUCUCAAUAGAAAUCUUUAUACUUUUACAAUGAUAUGAAGUUUUCAAAUAUAGCCUGUUUUUGAUGCACUUGUCAAUGAUGAGAUUACGGAUAAUUCAUACAUUAGGUAAAAGAAAAUUUUUUCGUGAUAUGCUGAACGUACGAUAAUUGUGUGACUGGAAUAAAUUGUUUAUAAAAUUUUGGUUUUCCUCUUGUUUUCCGUCUUUUACAGCUAUUACUCUCCGUUAAAAUGAUUCAUGUUACAAGUACAAUGUCAGAGUAAUGUUUGCAUUUCCAAUCAGGGAACAGAACGCUUUCCGCGUAGUUAUUUUGCGCAAGUUUUGAAUAUUUGAAAAGUUUUCACAGUUGUUUAGAGAAUUGUAGAAGUCAAUGAUUCUGGAUAGCCUUCAUCGUCUGUCAUCUUUAUGGAUUCGCGAAAGGUAUGUCAUCCUUUGUAUUCCUCUCACAAUUUCCAUUUGUUUUAAUUUUCAGGUUGCGGGAUUUAAAAAACGGAAAGAAUAAUUGCUUAGGAACCGCGUCGAUAGGUUUUGUUCUCACGAUAGGACUGAAUAAGAAAAAUCCAACUGAAUUAUUAAAACACCUUUAAUCAUUCAUGAGGAUUUUUAUUUCUGUUCAGAGUUGAAUUAUAAGAAGAUCAUCGCUAAGUGGUGUCACUUACGCCUAACCUUACUGAGGUAACUUAUAUCCUUACCUAACUGGGUGGGAGGUAACCAGUCCUUGAACCUCCAUCCAUUACCGCCGUUUACUAUCUUGCAAUAAGUUUAGUUAGCUAUUCGUUUCGUCGACUGAUUGAUCCCUUAAUUCAAUUUUGGGGAAAUUGAAAUUCGGGAUCAAACGGUUUUGCGGAUAGGUUAGUUUGGCUAGCUUUCAGCGGUACGGAGGAGGAGGAUUGGAAGAAACGGAAUUUCUGAGUAAUCUCCCGCUGCUAUGCCGCCUCAACCACGCCAUACUAGACAUACUGAACAGAGCAAUGAGUCCUUUUCAUACGCGCAUGGGUAGAUAUGCAGGCAAGUAUAUGUGGUAUCGACCAUCAUUUGCUUUAACGUAAGCUUUAGGUUUCGACCUCUAUUUAGUUUAAUUUCAGCUUGGGGUCUAAUUUGCCAGAGGUGACCUUCAUUUGACUUUGUGGAGGGUUGGCGUGUAAUUUGCCAGUUUUGUCCUUCAUUAAUUGUAAAAUAAGCUUUAGCCUUGUAUUAAUGCCAACCUUCUUAUAUGUUAAAGUAAACUUGCUUUCAUUAUUGUAAUUUAUAUUUGUUUUACUGUUAUACAAACCUAACACGAAAGGAGUUGGUUGUUCUUUAUAUGUUUAAUAAUGUUCAGGUGAUUUUAAAGUUACAAAGAGUUUAUACGUAGUAAGGCUUUAUUUUUAUAUUAAUAACUGCGUGUUUGGAUUUGAUUUUUAAGGUGAAGUGUGUGGAAAAUAAUCUGCCAGACUCCGAGGAUUACUAAGUUCCCUUCCAUCGUCAUCAGACCGCGAGUUAUUCAUUCCUUAAUGUUGCAAGUUCCACUAUGCCUCACCUGAAGAAUUAAAAGCAGCUGGAUGUCCAUCUUGGCGCUGCACAUUCACACAUAAUAGGACAGAUAUCAAAACAGCAGACGCCGUUGUCUUUUCUAGCGUUGAAAUGACGCUCGAAGAUGCUCCACAAUACCGUACUCCUUCUCAGAGGUGGGUAUGGGUAACCCUAGAAGCUCCAAGAGGUGGAACUGGCGUGCAUGAUUUAGAUGUUAUCAGGAGAGAGAACCUGCAUCACCUUAUAAACUGGACAAUGACUUAUAACCGGUACGCAGACGUGAUUGGAUCAUAUGGGCACUUCAGGUCGAAAGACAAGAUGCCUUUGCCACUUCGUCCAAACCUUUCGUCAUCCUAUCCUGGCGUGAUAAGGAAAUACCUUGACUCUCUAAGGAAAAACAUGACUUUAGCCGAUGUCAUGGGUCCUGCUUGGAGAGAAUUCGUCAACCGUCCGAAGUUGGUGUCUUGGGUGGUGAGCCACUGUCGUACGAUAUCGAAAAGGGAACAGUAUGUCGACGAACUGGUCAAAUACGCUCCCGUAGACAUAUAUGGGCGUUGUGGAACUUUGGAUUGUUUCCCUAAGAAUCCUUUCCAUGAAUGCUGGAAUCAUACGAUGGGUCGUCUGUAUCUCUUCUAUCUUGCCCUCGAAAAUGAUUUAUGCGAUGACUAUAUAUCGGAAAAAUUAUACAGGGCAUUAUAUUAUAAACUAGUACCGGUAGUGUGGGGAGGGAACGGAUAUGAGGAUGUCAUGGUCCCGGGGUCUUAUAUCAACGCUCGUCAUUAUCACCCGAAGGACUUGGCCAAGUUGUUAUUAGAUUUGCAAGAAGACCCUGUAGCAUAUGGCAGGUACCAUUUGUGGAGAGGUUUUUGGGAUUUGAAGUUGGGAGGAAGUAUGUGCGAGCUGUGUCACAAAUUACACACAGACAAGGAACCUAAACAUUACACUGACAUUCCAGCUUGGAGGUUGAAAAGUAACCGGUGUUUUCAGGUGCCAAAUAAUUUGUUUAUGGACCCUGAGAAUCCAGAUGCCUGGAAAGAAGUCAUCAGCUCUAAUGAGGCCAUUUAGAUUAAGCUCUCAUUGGAUACUUGUGAAUCAUUGUAUAAGUGAUUUUUGUAAUUGUUUAUUUGGUAUUUUUUUUCGUUUUAUAUGGUUUUUCAUGAUGACUGCCGACCAUGAACGAAACCAUCUGGAUAGAGGAUCUGUUAUAUUUAAAAAAUAAAAUUUUUUGUAAUUCUUUUUCAAGUUGUCGGGCAUCAUUGAGAUUUAACUAAGAUUUCACUCUCAUUACUCCGAGUAUCGUCACUCUGGAGAUCAAGAGUAACCCACACUUUGUAUCAACAUCCUAUACCUUGUUAAGUCUUUGGCUUCAUCCAGUAUGAAACACGUAAUAGUGUCGAACUUGUCUUGAGUGUAACUCCAGUACUUGAUAAUAAAAAAGCAUCAGAAUUACCAGAUUAUUUCUUAAAUUUUUCCAGAAUUAAGGUAAUCAUGCAAGAGCUGAAAGAUAAACAUUUGAGGAUCUUUAGAGAUAUUGGAAUAAUAGAGAUUUGCCUUUAAUUUUUGCUGUUAGCAGUUAUUGAACCUUUGGUAACCACUGCCGUGUCACAUAAUUUGCGCUCACCUAGAGAAAUGCUGUUAAACUAUAAAUCAUAAAAUAUCCACGUUUUUUAAAUAAUCGUAAAGAUCUACAGAAAAAAACAGCAGAACUUAUCUGGAUGGUCGUCACCAAUACCCAGUAGGUUAUUUAGAAUAGUUUUUAAAUCAAAAGAGCUUUGAAGAAAUUUAGGGAGAAAUGGUUUAGUAAAACAUGGAAACAAUCAAUACAAGACUGCUUGGCCUAAAAGGCCUUAUGAAUAACUCAACUUUGUCCCAAGGAUUGGUUAACAGAUGGCUAAUAAGGGAGGAAUAUUAAAUGCAGUUGAUACCACGAUUAAGUAUAUUUGGUCGACAAAAACUAAAUUUUGCUCCCGAGGAAUUUCGACCGGAAUUAUUUUACGAUUGUUAAUUUUUUUUCAUAAUUCAGGACUGAUUUAAUCUUCUUUACAAAAACGUUUAAUGUUCAAUUGUUUUUCAUGCACCAGUAUUGAAGUCAUCUUAGAUAAUAAGUGAAUGUCAGAGUACUGAUCCAUGGUUACUAAUGUCUGUUCCAAGCUGCUGGAGCAUUUUAACCUUUGUGUACUGUUUGCCAUGGAUGUAGCAACAUAUGAACCAUCACUACUUUAUUGACCACCCUGUUAUUAACAGCAAUUGCCGAUUAGUACCUCAAGGUACCACCCAGUCAAUAGUUAUUUUGCUUCUUACAAACUAAUUGUAAUAUGAAAAUUGUAUUAAGUAAAAAAUCCAAGUCGUCUGAAAUAAGUCUAGAGAUUUUCCAACGUUUAUAGUUCACUUAAUAACUAACAGUGUGCCUGUGAUCAAUUUUGAUGAAACAGGAUCGGCAGAGAAUUGUUGAAUGCUUUUUUUUAAAAAAUUAGAUAUUGAUUUCGCGCCAUAGCUGUUUUAUUGUGUUGCUGUUAUUUUAGAUUUCCAGCAAAGGCCCUUGCUUUGUGUGCCAACUGCUUUUUGUGCUAUUAUUGUUUUCAUCACUGUUAUGCAAUAAAAAUAAAAAUGUAGUUUCGAUUUUUGAUCGUUGAAUAAAAGCUAGCUUACUUUCAUUUUGUUAUUAUUCUAUUUUAAAUGUUUUUUAUGAAUGAGAAGUGAGAUAUAUUUCAGUGAAUCACAUAUAAAAUAACAUUUACAUUUUUGUGUCAGUAUUUGCAAAAUACUACAUAGGUUAUCUUACCUUAUAACAUUAAGUAUUAAAGAUCGCUGUUAAAACCGCUGUUAAAACACAUGCAUAAAACAGAAUAUAUUUUGUUACGGUAUUUAUGAACUACUUUUCUAAUUAUGAAGGCUUCAAAUUUAAACAAACCAGGAAUUAUAUUUAGAACACAUCCAUUAUUCGACUUGAUGAAACAAUGUUCAAUGACAUUCCUUUUAAAUGUGUGCUUCACUCCAGAAAAUAGGAUGAUCUAAAUCUCAUAUGCACGAAUAAUGGAAGUGUUCUACAUUUAAGCCUUGGUUUGCUUAUACUCGAUCCUUCAUAAUAAAAAAAGGUUGUUAAAUAUAAGCAACAAAAGUAAUUUAUUCUGUUUUAUACAUGUAUUUCUAUUUUGUAUGGGUAAGCUUCCGUGUCUGUUUUGGUUAAGUGUAUGGUUUUAGCUUGUAGCCACGUGAUCCCGGAUUAUCCUGUAUUAUCUCCCUGAUUUUUACCCUUUUGACAAUUAACCAUCUGGUAUUCUUGAUCUUUUUGUUUACCUUGUAACCCUCUUUCCAACUGUAUCACAUUUGUGCUUUGACAACGCAUGAGUAAACACGAGAA